UUUCUCGUAAGUGCCACCGUAGUUUGCUCGCAUUCGAUGUCAUUUCAUUGAGCAUUUUUGUGUAGUUUGAGUUUCUUCAUAUUUUUCGCCGAAAUGAGUGCCAUUAAAGAAGACCCAUCUGGAUGGCAACUCAAGUGUAACACUCUUCUUGAAAGAAAUGGACAAAUGCUUCGAAACUCAUUGUUGAGUGAUAUUAGUUUUGUGAUAGUUGAAGAAAAUGAUGGGCAAGAUGCUAAUGCUGGUAGAACUCGUAGCGAAGAAAUUCCUGCUCAUAAGUACGUUCUUGCCAUCAGUUCACCUGUUUUCUUUGCCAUGUUCUACGGAGAAAUAGCCGAAAAGACUAAUGUCAUAGAUAUUCCCGAUGCUGAUAAAGAUAGUUUUGUACAGUUCCUCAGUUAUUUAUACACAGAUAAAUGUGAAUUGAAUAUGGAAAGUGUAUCGACGGUGUUUUAUCUUGCUAAAAAGUAUCUUGUGCCUUCACUAAUCAACCACUGCAUCAAUUAUUUAAUCAAGAAUUUAACUGCACAAAAUGUCUUCAGUAUUCUGUGUUUAGCCAUGCAAUUUGAGGAGACACAAUUAGUAAACAAGUGCUGGAAUAUUGUUGAAAUCCAAUGCACUGAAGCAUUAACUAGUGAUGGAUUUCUUCGUAUAUCCCUAACAAUCCUCAAGGAUCUCCUCAGUCGAGAUACCCUUGAUGUUCAGGAGAUAACACUUUUCAAAGCAUGCUCUCGUUGGGCAGAGUACCAAUGUGUUCAACUUGGUGUACCGGUCAAUUCAGAGGAAAAGCGAAAAGUUCUUGGAGAUGCUCUAGAUCUCAUUCGCUAUCUAGCCAUAGGUGAAGAUCGAUUUGCUCGUGAUGUAGUGCAAACUAAUCUACUCCCUCAUGAAACAACUGUUCACGUUUUCCUCAUGUUUAAGAAUCUCAUGAAGGAACAGAGAUUUUCCAAAAAGCCAAGAAAAAAACGAUGGGAAAUUCUUACAUGUAAUCGCUAUUCUGAUUCCAAGGCAAAAUAUUAUCUUCCUUUGGUCAAAGAUCGUGACAACUCAGGACUUCCAGACAGAAUUGCAUUCACAGUUAAUAAACGAAUCAUGAUCCAUGGCGUUCGUUUGUUUGGUGAGCACACGGGAGAGAAAUAUAAAGUUAAGCUUGACAUCAGUGAUAAUAAUAAUGAAAUAGUUGGUUCAAAGGAAGGAGAUUUCUAUUCUAAAGUCAUGAAUUAUCAAGAGAAAGGUUUGUAUGUCUUUGAUGUAUUUUUCAGUGAUCCAGUAGAGGUGAAAAUGGAACAAGGUAUACUUUGGCAGCAUUGCUUCAAGGCCCACGAACAUGUUAUGCUAUCAAUGCUUCUUCAUCAGUGGAUGCUAACGGUGUCAUCUUUACUUUUUUUGAUGUGGACAACUCUUAUAGUGAAACCAGUGUGAGGACAGGUCAGUUCAUGAAUUUAUUUUUUUCCAUGAUUUCACCGGAAGCCAUUGUGAAAUCUGAAUCACCUCAUGAGAAAAGACACCUAUCCAACAAAAAAAAGGGUUCCCAAAAAUUUGAUAGUUGAUUUAGCUCAAUCUUUUCCCAAUUAGAAAUAUGUGGAUUUGAGUGAUAAAUAGUGACUUUUCCAAAGCAAUGUCUUUGUAGUUGUAUAAGUGCUAUUGUAAAAUAUUUAUGUAACAAGAAAAAAAUGACAGUUUGAUCAAUGCAGCAACUUUGUCGCAGAAUAUUUUGACCUUAUGAAAGCAGUUGAAUACAAAAAUGGCACUUAUAUUGUGAGGAUUAAUAGCGUAACAAAGUAAAUAAACUGUUAAAGCUUGUGA